AUGCUUCGGCUCGUGUCGAAGGCCUUUUCCUUCCUGUGGAGGCGAGCUGAAGGCCUGGAGGAGGACGCCGAGGUGCGGCCGCAGGAACCCGAAGAAGGUACCACCAAGCUGAAAACUGUGCAGGGAGUUGUGACCAGAUACUGUAGCGAUUAUGGGAUGAUUGAUGAUUUGGUGUGCUUCACUAGCGAUGUUGUCACCAGCAGCGUGCCACUGAACAUUGGUCAGGAGGUGACUGCCAUUGUGGAAGAGGACAAGAUAUCCAAUGGAUUGAAAGCGAUCAGAGUUGAAGCUGUCUCUGAUAAAUGGGAAGAUGACAGCAAAAAUUACUGUGAACUUCCAGAUUCUAGUACCAAGAUUUUGAUUGGCUGUAUUACUUCUCUUGUUGAAGAUGCUGGCUACAUUAAUCAGACAACCUACUUCUCCAUGCAGGAUGUUUGUGAAGGUUUUGAACCUUGUAAGGGUGAUUGGGUACAAGCUGAAUAUUUCAUUAAGCCAGCAACGUGGAACAGUGAGGCAAUUUCUGUGAAGCCACUGAGAUACAAACGAGUAGAUCAGGUUUGCAUUUCCAGUCUUUGUGGAAGAAAUGGGGUAAUUGAUGAUAGCAUCUUUUUCACUUUGGAUUCCCUGAGGCUUCCUGAAGGAUAUAAACCUCGGAAAUCUGACCUGGUCAAUGUGGUGGUGGUAGAGAGUAACCAGUCAUGCUAUAUUUGGCGUGCCUUGUGCAUGGCCCCUGUCGAAAGGUAA